CUUCCCUCCCUCUCUCUCUCUCUCUCCUCCUCCUCUUUCUUGCAUUUACACACAUCCAUCUGAUAAAAACAGAUUUCCAGCUGCAUUGAAAAGGAAAACCACCUUUGGCUCUUCUCCUCCACGCUUUUUUGCUGCAACAUUCAAAAGCAUUUAAAAAUUUUCCGGUAAGACCAAGUAACAUACAUACAUAAUUAAUCCUGUGGUGGGUAUUUUCCAGUUUUACUUUUUCCCCUCCAGAUGCCAGAAAAAUCAGCAAAUUCCGUUUCUUCAUCAUUCUCAUGGAAUGUCCUCCGGUUAAAUCCCAUGAUCCAUUGGUCUUUCAAGGUGCUAACUUCCUCUGUAUUUCUUGUAAUAUUGAUUGUUUGGGGGAUUGAUGGGUGGGGUGCUAGUAAUUCCCAGAUUGUUUUCAAGAUUGGUAACAAAUCCCAAACCCAGGAUUAUUUUGCUCCUAAUGCUGCUUCUGUUCAUCCUAAUAUCCCGAAUCUGAACCAAACCCACGAUUCUUUUAGUCCUUAUAUUGGUUCUAUUCACCCUAAUAUUAGUAAUCUAAACCAAACCCAGAAAAAUUCCACUAUCCCUACUAACCUCACACAAAAUGACCCCAGAAAAGUUCCUACCUUGUGUGAUUGGAUUUCAGCUGAAUUAGACCCAAACUACACCUCAAAUCUCCUAUCCGGAUGGCUAUCCCCAGGUGGGGUGGCAUGCAAUUAUUCGAAAACAGCGGAUAUUUCAAUUCCAGGUUUGGAUAGUGAAUCCCAGAUUGAGUUAUCCACUGGGGAUAUCCAUGAGUUUGUUUUCCAAGCCUUGGAUGAGGCAGGGAAGCCUAACUGUGUAGGCGGUGAUUACUUUGAAUUCGAUGUAUCCGGUGACCGGUGGAAGUCCCGGCCAUCGGUUAAGGACUUUAACAAUGGCACUUACUCUUUCUCUCUCCAAAUCCACCCGGAUUUCGCCGGUUUUUACAAUCUCACCGUAGUACUUCUUUUCAGACAUUAUGAGGGUUUAAGGUUUUCCCCUCAUAGAUUCGCUGUUGACAAAGAACUUCGCAGGAAGCCAAUCAAGUUUUACAAAUCUCCAAUGCAAUUGCCACAAUUGACUACUUGUAGCAAGUUUGAUUUCUCGAGAAACGUGUGGUCGGGUCGGUGGACCCGACACGGGGAAAAUGAGAGUUGUUCUGUCGAUAACGAGGGGAGGUUCCGUUGCUUGGGGCAAGAUUUUCCAUGCCAAGUACCGUGGUGUCACGGUGCAUUGGGGUUGUUAGAGAGCAAUGGGUGGACGUAUUCCACCCAUUGCUCUUUUUCGCUGUUUUCCAGCGAGAGGGCCUGGAGUUGUUUGAGUGGGAAAUGGUUAUUCUUUUGGGGUGAUUCGAAUCACUGCGACACGAUUAGGAAUAUGCUCCAUUUUAUCCUCGACAUGAGGGAAAUCAAAGUCGUCCCAAGACGGUUUGAUAUGAAUGUAACGAACCCGAGGAAUUCGUCUCAAGGGGUUCGGAUUUCGAGCAUUUUCAAUGGCCACCAGAAUGAAUCGGCGAAUUAUAAUGGGUUGAAUUCGCUUCAGGACGAUGAGUACAGAGAGUUUUUGAAGAUGUAUUUUUCCGGGGUAAUUGUUCCUGAUACAAUUAUAAUGAAUUCCGGGUUACAUGAUGGGGUAUUCUGGAGAAAUGUUAGGAGAUUUACCGAGGGGGCGGAGAGGGCGGCGGCAUUCUGGGCAGAGGUGGUGGGGGCGGUGAGAGAAAGGGGGGUGGUGCCGCCCGAGGUUAUUUACAGGACUACGGUGGCGACCGGUGGCUAUGCAAGGAGUUUGGCGUUUAAUCCGAGUAAAAUGGAGGCGUUCAAUGGGGUGUUUCUGGAGAAGUUGAGGAAGUUUGGGGUGGUGAAUUGGGUGGUAGAUGAUUUUGACAUGACGUGGCCGUGGCAUUUUGAUAACCGGUGCAACGAUGGGGUUCACUACGGCCGUGCUCCGGCUAAAAUGCUGUGGAGGGACGGCCAGAUUGGCCACCAGUAUUUUGUGGACCUAAUGUUGGGUCAUGUGCUGCUCAAUGCACUGUGCGCAAGAUAGGGUCGGUUGCGACCAUCAAUGCACCGUCGGUCAGUACCCAUAGAAUCAUUCGGUUGCUUUUUGGCGACAUUUGCUAAACGUGCUCAGUUGGUCGUUAGAGGUUUUUUUUUGGCCAAAAGGUAGAUGUUACAGCGGGAGAUAGGGUUGCUCAAGAAGAUCGAGAUAACCAGUAAACGGAUUUGAACCUGAUUGAUCCGUCUUUGCUCGGUUUCAAUUUGCAGUUUUUGAUGGUUCUGUAUAAUCAAAAUCGGCAAUAUUUGUUGUUAUUGGUUUUACCCUUCGAAAUCAUGAUGAGAACUGAACCAAUUUGGGUUAAUCUUUCUGUAUAUGUACUGGACAUGGCAAGUUCAAAAUGAUGAUUUGGUUCAUUCGGUAAGA